GGAGUCACGAAACAAGCCUGUUUGAGUGGUUCCCCAGAAAGAUUCAGCAGCGAGUCCGUUCAAGAACACGUUCUCCCACAGUGCUUUGCGUCGAUCUGCGGUUACGUCAUCUGUGCGACGAAAAUCUGUUGUUAAACAAAUCGUACACGGAUGUUCUGGUAAUAUCAUCCAAUCAUGGAGGUGGAACAACCAAAGGAAGACUGUCCUCCAACCCAGUCAACAUCUCCACCUCCAGCUCAGCCCAAGAAGCCAAGUCAGGCUCUGUACGUCCCCAAACAACGAGCCCAGUCCUCCAAAGACAAAGCCCAGAGUCAAGGAGAAGUUAAGCCAAAACCCCGGCCUCGGUACACGGACAAGGCACGAAAGAAUGCCAAGAACAAGAAGGACAAGGCCGGAGGAGGAGGAGACAAGGCAGUGACCGAUGGAGGGCAGACAUGCAACAGUGAAGCCAGGCCUGAUGCAAAGGAGGGGACAUUAGAGGAUGGAGAGGUGGUGGGUAAUGGGCAGCUUGACCUAGCCAAGGUGGAAGCAGAGGGUACCUCACAGGUGGAUGCAACAUCCCCCGAGGAAGAAAGGGGAGAAGAGGAGAGUUGGGACACCAUGUUCAAUGAUGACGGAGACUGUCUGGAUCCACAUUUGCUCGAAGAGCUUUCUCUGAAGGAGGGUCGAAAGAAGGAGUCAAUCCAGGAGCCCAGGUUUAAUUACUACAACAUGGACAGUGAUGAGGAUGAUGACGUUGACCUCAGCGAGGAUGAACUUUCACAUAUUGUAGAGAUCUACGACUUUCCUACAGAUUUCAAGACAGAAGACCUUCUGAAGUUGUUUCAGUGCUACCAAAAAGGGGGCUUUGACAUCAAGUGGGUAGAUGACACACACGCCCUGGGCCUCUUCUCAAGUCCUGUAGCAGCCCGUGAAGUUCUUAGGUCCAAACAUCAGCUGAUGAAGGUGCGACCACUCUCCAAAUCCUCCUCCGCCACGAGGGCCAAAGCUCGCAGCUGUUCAGACUACCUCCUGCCUGCCAAAGAGAGACCUCAGACAAGUGCAAUACUGGCUCGGAAGCUUGUGAUCGGGGCCCUCGGUGUGAAGAGCAACCUCACAAAGGAGCAACGCGAGGCAGAGAGGAAGAAACUCCAGGAUGCCAGAGAACAAAAGCGCCUGGCUGCCAAGCAGAAGGAAGAUGCUUGGGAGGGCAACUGACUGGAAACAUGUCUUUUUUUAGAUUUCCUUGAUUCAGCAGAUGUUUAAGACUUUUCAGAUUCUUCCCCUGUUUUUCUAAAUUGGCCACUCCGUUCCACCUUCACGGUUCUCAGAAAUGAUACCUGCUAUUUUUUUUUGUCACAGUCCUUCACCAAUGUCUGACUACUUCGAUAGCAUUUAGUGUAACACUUCUCUUCCCUCACAUUCACCUUCAUACUUUGUCCAUGCGUGCACUGUACAGUGACUGUAGCCAACACAAACCAGCUUAAUCUGACUUACUUUUAUUUCUCUAGUAUUGGAAGAACAAUCUCUCACAAACACUGAGGCUGUUCGUUUUAUAAUUAAGGGUCAUGAGUUCACUCGAAGGAGUAUUUUCUGCACAGGUCCAAAGCCUCCUGUCUUUUAAGGAUAUAUUUAUGCUUUUAAAAUGUAAAAGUAUUGUGACGCUUCCUGUAAAAGGUCUAGAAUAAUUUAAAUUCAGUCAUGAUUACGUCUCUUUAUAUAUGACAUUGUCGAGAAUGUGUGGUUGAUUCAAUUAAAACUUGUAUUGCUUUAAAAACGUGUUAACACCA